AUGGCUGCUGGCGGACCGGGGGCAGACGAGGCCGCUGCUGCGUGCGCCGAUGAGGGCUGCGCGUGCGUGUGUGCUUGCGCACCGUGCGCUGUGCGCCCGGGCAGGCACCGUGCAGCUGCUGCUGCUCUCGGUGCUGGGUUCUGCCGAGGAGGCGUGGCUGCUGGAGUCGGGCGGAGGCGUGAGGGCUGUGCGUGCUGGGGCGGCGCGCGCGCGCGUGCUUGCGCGAUGUGUGCUGCGCGCCCAGCGCUGCACUGCACGGCCGUUCGCCCGCUGCCGACGUGCUGCUGCCGCGCCGAGGCUGUUGCUGGCUGUGCCGACGCUGCUGGAGCCGAGGGCUACCGCGUCAGGCUGCUGCUGCUUGCGCCGGGGACUGCCGCUGCUGCUGCUGUGCUGCUGUUGCUGCCGUGCUAUUGCUGGACGCCGAGGCUGCUGCUGCUGUGCGCCGGAUGCCACGCCGAGGCUGCUGCCGCUGAGCUGCCCGUGCCGGGCUGCUGCUGCGGCGCACGCCGGGAGCUGUUGCGGUGGCGCUGUGUAGCGGGUGUCAAGGAAGGUGGCGGCGGCAGCUAG